AUGGUGAAAAGCAGGGCUUUCCAGUUGACGGUCGAAGAGGAUAGCGCGACACCUGGUGUGGUGACGGGAUCGUUCCUCGUGAACGAUAUUUCUACUUUCAUAUUAUUUGAUUCUGGGGCUACCCAAUCCUUUGUAUCGCUUGCGCUUAGUAAGAGGUUUGCUAGAGCUCCGAGGGAGCUAGAUUUUGUGAUUGCAGAUGAUCGACUUGUCCAGGUUGCGAGGGUUCAUCGGGGUUGUAUUCUUCGGAUAUUCAAAAAGCAAUAUCCGAUUGAUUUGGUUCCCAUCCCUUUGCGUAGGAACAAGGGAGAUAGAGCUCAGUGUGGGACGCAUUUGUGUUUAGCAGUGAGGGCCAAGUGUUAUAUUCAACAGGGUUGUUCUGGGUUUGUUGCCUAUGUUAUGGAUACCCAGGAUAAGGGUACGACGACUGUGGGCGAUGUGUUAAUUGUGUGGGAUUAUCCUGAUGUGUUUCCAGAGGAUUUUCCUGGGGUGCCUCCAGAGAGGAAAGUUGAGUUCAGGAUUUAUUUGGUUUUAGGUGCGGCUCUGAUAGCCAAAGCAUCAUCUCGGUUGACGCCUCCCGAGAUAUAG